UUUGUUGGUAGCUUCGUCGUUGAGCAUAAACAAUUUAUUUAUUCAUCUGGYCCUUUAUUACUUGCUUGAAAACAUCUGUUAUCCUCUUAAUAUACAAAGGGACCUGUUUCCUCUGUUUGCAUAGAGAUUUUCUAGUAGAAACCAUCGUUUUUGUGGAGGCACAACUCGUCACGAUGAAAGUUUUCGUUGUACUUUUCGCUUUUGUGGCUMUUGCAAGAACUCAGAAACAAGAGAAAAUGACUUUUGAAACUCCAAAUUUGAGCGAGGAAGAACAACAUUCACAGCAUACACCAAAAUCGUUUGAAAUACAAUGYGAUGCCUGUACGGUUAUUGCUUAUAAGCUCACAAGAGCUCUUGGUAUGGCAGAGGACAAAAGGCCAUCCYUGAAAGGAAAACCAUUACCAGAAUCUGAAGUUAUUGAUAUUAUUGAAGGUGUUUGUGAUUCAAAGUCUUAUGAGGACUAUGGCAUUAAGACCGUCAAGGGAGUAAACAGGAUUUCAGGCGAAGGGCUGGAAGCCAAGGAAUAUCCAGGAAUGAUGCAGGGUGGUGGUAAAUGGCCWGGAAGAUUAUCAUCAAAAUGUGAAGCAAUGGUGGGAGAAAUAGGAGAAGACAAGCUCUAUGAACAGUUUAGAAAGGAUGGCUCUUUGCAUGAGUAUCUAUGCACUAAAUAUACCAAAGAYUGUGUCAAAGACAAGAGCAAGAAAACUCAAAAAAGUAAAAAGAGCAAAUCCAAAAAGAAGAAGCAAGAUGAACUUUAAACCUAGAAAAAAUAUUUUAAACAUUAAAUUAUUUGCAAUACUGAAUGCAUGUUAAGGUAAUGUUUCUAAAAGUACCACAAAAAGAUGCUCCAUCAGGAUUUUUCGUCAUGAAUGUUUGAAUGUUCAUAAAUAUUUUUAGACACAAUGUAAUGCACAUUUAUGACUUUCUUUCCAAUUUAGAAAUGUUUACUUCAUUAAUAAAUUUUCCAAAAACAUACCUACUCUUUCUGUUUUAUGGCACUGAAUUGCACAAAAGAAAAAUUUAGCAUUUCUCAUCAUACUUUCAAGAAUGUUUUGUCAAUGAUUUUAUAAUGCAUUGGUUUGAAAAAUAAAGAUUAUAUUCUAAAAUU